AUGAAGUUGUUAUUUCUACUUAGCUUGGCAACAUUGGGUGCACAUGCAUCUAAUGUGCCUGAAGUCAAAAACCUUGAAUUCAUUAGAUAUUCCAAUAUGAUACCUUCGUAUGCCUGUAAUUUACAGGUUAAUAAUGCUGCUACCUAUUGUGCUGGUACCAGUGCUUUCAAUACAAAUUAUACUUGUUUAUGUACAUCUCCAGGUUGGGUUGAAUCAGUUAUGGGAUGUCUUGCAUAUGACAAGAAGAACACCACAACAUAUUUGAAUGGUUUAAUUAGAUAUUGUAGAAUUCAAGGUGGUGUUUCAUUAACUAUUCCUCAAUUAGAAGAUGCAUACUCCAAGUAUGUGGAAAAUGCUAAGAAUACAUCAACAGUGAAAGGUUUCAACAGUACCGAGGUCAUUGACUAUCCUGUUUUAUUAAGUCAAUACGAAACACAAUUAUACAGAGAUGCUUAUGACAAAUACUUGGGCAAUUAUGAUGAUGCCUUGUACUAUGGUGCAGGUAUUUAUGGUUACUGGUUAUUAAUGUUUGUUAUGGGAUCAAUUGUAAGUUGGAGCAGAUACUUAUUCCCUGGUUUAUACUCGUCAAAUGGAUUCAUCAAUGGGAUUAGAAAGAAUAUAACUCUUCCAGCUUUAGUUGGUAAAGCAAAGACCAACGCUAAAUCUAUUUCAUUUAUUGAAUUCCUUGUUCCUUCAAGAGUUGAAUCUUUAAUGCUUUCUGGAUUUUUAAUCUUGAUGAUAAUUUUCCUUUCUGUUAAUACUGGAUAUAUCCCAGGAGAUCCAGUUUUAUUCACCAGCGCAGCUGCUAGAUUAAGAUAUGUUAUAGACAGAUGUGGUAUUAUUGCUACCAUGAUGAUGCCAUUGGUAUUCUUAUUUGCUGGUCGUAAUAAUUUCUUACAAUGGUUAACAAGAUGGCAAUACUCUAGAUUUGUCACUUUCCACCGUUGGACUUCUAGAGUAAUGUACUGUUUGAUUAUUAUUCAUGCUGCUGGUUAUACCAAAGAACUUGGAAAUUUCUACAACACCGCUAUAGAGGAAGGAUAUAUGAAAGCUGGUAUUGUUGCAACUGUUUCCGGUGGAGUUAUGCUUAUGCAAGGUUUUCUUUAUUUGAGAAGACGUUGGUAUGAAGUCUUUUUGAUUGGUCAUAUCGUUCUUGCCAUAAUGUGGGUUGCUGGUGCAUGGAUACAUGUUCAAGAUUUAGGUUAUGUUUACUUUAUGUAUCCAGUAUUGGCAGUUUGGUUUUUUGACAGAUUAGUUAGAGUUAUUCGUUUGCUCAUGUUUGGAUUCCCAUUGGCUCAAGUUACUUUGUUAUCUGAUGAAACUGUUAAAGUCAGUAUUCCAACUUCUAAUUAUUGGACAUCAGUUCCUGGCGGUCAUGCAUUUAUUCAUUUCUUGCGUCCUUCUAGUUUCUGGCAAUCACAUCCAUUUACAUUUACUGAUUCAGUUGUGGAAGAUCGUCAUAUUGUAUGCUUCUGUAAAGUCAAAGGUGGCUUAACCAGUAGCUUGUACAAAUACUUAUCAGCUCGUCCAGGAAGAAGUGCUAAAAUCAGAGUUGGUGUUGAAGGUCCAUAUGGUGAACCAACAGGAGCAAGAUUUGCUGACACCGCUGUUUUCAUUGCUGGUGGUAAUGGUAUUCCAGGUAUUUACAAUGAAGUCAUCCAAUUGGGCGAAAAAUCACGUGACCAAUCAAGACAAGUUGUAAAAUUAAUUUGGGUUAUUCGAGAAUUCAAGUCGGUUGCUUGGUUUUACAAUGAAUUGAGAGCUUUAAGAAAUACAAAUAUUGAAACCACUGUUUAUGUUACAAAGCCAGAUUCUGCUUCUAGUUUUGAAGAUUAUUAUGAUAAAGGAGGCGAAAAGGAAGAUUAUUCGAUGAAGGAGAAAUAUGACCAAUAUACUAGAACUGAUGAAUCUGAUUUUGAACCAGGGUCCAGUGAUAAUGAUGCUUUCAGUACAAUGAAACGUGAUUUGAAUAAUAUUCAUUUUAGAGAAGGCAGACCUGAUAUUCAAGAGAUUGUUGCUAUUGAAGUAGAUGAAUGUCAAAAAUCCGUUGCAUUUGUUGCAUGUGGACAUCCACUAAUGGUUGAUGAUAUUCGUUAUGCAGUCACCAAAAAUAUUACCAAUGCAGGAAACAAACGUGUCGAUUAUUAUGAACAAUUACAAGUUUGGGCUUAG